GUUUGUUUAUAAUAAUAUAUUAUCGAUUUACAUGGACUGUAAUCGCGUUUUAAUCAUUAAAUUUUAAUGUGAAAUGUAAAUGUUAUUGUCAAUUGUCAGUUUACACUGUUGCAUGACGUAUUAUUUAACUGUGGUCAACUCUUGAACGUAAAUUUGGCAAGUUUUCCACUGUAUUGUCUGUAUUACAAUAAUAAUAAUAAUUGUCGAUUGUUCCCCGUUUUACUAAACUUCAAUUGUGUGAACGUCAAGUCAGUCCGAACGAAAAACAAUCAUGUUUUCAAAAAUAAUGUCACAGAUUAACAACAAAGGCAUCCCGUUGACACCAAUGUCCAAGAAAAAGAUGCCGAGUCUGUACAAGACUACUGUCGCUUUGAAAACAUGGGGUCUGUCCGGAUUGUCCUUUGGUAUAACAAGUUUUGUAUUGUUAUGUUAUGUAACAGAGUGGCGCACUGUGUUACAGUUUUGUCCUUACUACAACACUAAGUAUAACCAAUUAGAUAUUGAAGAUAAGUUGAAAAAUAUCCAAGCUAUAGCAGAUGCUACAGAACGUUCAGAAAAUGCUUCAAGGGAUUUUCAGCAUGAAAGAGAUGUAAAAUCCAACAAUGAAAGAGAAUAGUAAUUUUUUAAAUCUUAAAAUAUGUUUAAAGGAAAA